GCAGGGUGCUGUCCUGUGGGAUGGAUGACGCCCAAGAGCAGGACCAGUACGAGGAGCGCCUAAAAGAAGUUUUCAACAGUUUCGACGCCAGCGGCUGCGGCUCGCUGUGCCCGGAGGAGCUGUCCGACCUCUGCCUGUCUCUGCACCUGGACGAUGCCACGCCGGCUCUGCUCCAAACGCUGCUGCAGAACCAGGACCGCCUCACCGCCAGGGUUGACUUCGACCAGUUCAAGAAUGCGCUCAUUCUGGUGUUGUCAUCGACCAUCGAGCCGGCUCAGGAACAGCAGGAGGCCGUGUCGACGCAAGAGUCUCCUGAGAUCCAGCCAAAGUUCGUGAAGGGCAGUAAGCGCUACGGCCGCCGCUCCACGCCGGAGUUCAUCGAGCCUAUUUCAGACUCAUCCGAAGUUAGAACUACAAAUCCGGAGGAGCAGGAGGAUCUGGAGGACAACUAUGACUCGGCCGUUCCCAGAAAGCGUGAGCGCUGGAACGCUCACGAAGCGAACACAGAGGAAUAUGAAGCAGAAGGUCAGAUGCAUCUCUGGAACCCAGAUGAGCCGAGCACGCCUCGGGGAUCCGUCGCCUCCCUGUCGGCCUGUCUGGAGGAGAGGCUGCGCGAGGCGUGCGGCGAGCUGGCGAUCCCGUGGGCCGGAUGUGCCGGUCACACUGAGCUGCUCGCUCUCUGUGAACACCUGGGCCUGGAGGUAAACAUGGAUGUGCUCCAGAGUCUGACCGGCGACGGAGUGAUGAACGUUCAGGAGUUUGUUUCCAGGGUCGUGAACCAAAACAAACCCCCGACACCGUCCGCCUCCACCCCCUACAGACAGCUCAAACGACACCACUCCACCCAGCCCUUUGAUGAGGGAGGUCGGAGGAUAGCCACUCCGUCUGCACUAACCGGCACCAUCGGGAUGCGUCUCUUCUCCACCCUGGACGACGGAACCGGUUUCACCCCAGUCGAACAAAUUCUGGACGCCUGGCUGGAGGAGGGGAUAGAAAACAGCACUGAGAUCCUGCAGGCUUUGAAUUUCGACCUGGAUGGAAAACUGAGUCUUGGUGAUCUCACCAUGGCGCUUGAAAACGAGCUGCUCGUUGCUAAGAAUGGGAUUCACCAGGCGGCACUGGCAAGCUUCAAAGCUGAGAUCAGAUAUCUCCUAGAGCGAGUCGACAGGGAACUCAGGGAGAAAGAGAAAAUCCGUUCGGACCUGGAGAAAGCUGAGAAACUCAAAGCUCAGCUCGCCACUGAGGUGGAUGAGCAUCACUCUGCGAUCGAGCACACGAAUAACCUCAACCUCAGGAAGCUUGAACAGGAACACAAAGAGAAGCUAGCAGCGAUGCGAUCAGAGCUGAUGCAGGAGAUGGACCAGCUCCAGCAGCAGGCCGGCCUGCAGCGAGAGGAGCUGGAAGCCGAGGUCCAGAAGAUCCGGGAGGACGAGUCCUUUCUCCGAGAUCACCUCUCCAUCUCUGUGAAGGAAAACAGACGUCUGGAAAUGGAGUUGCUGGACAACGCUGAAAAACUGAUGGAGGCUCAAAACCAGAUUGCAAAACUCCAGAUGGUUGUGGACAACAUUACGAAAGAAAAGUUUGGAGACCUGGACCCCGGCAGCGCAGACUUCUUCCGGCAAGAGGAACGAAUUAAACAGCUACGUAGCGGCUAUGAAGCUCAGUACAGGGAGCUGCAGGAUCGUAUUGACGAGCUGCAGUCGGAGCUGCAGGAGUUCCACAGUCUCGGACGAGUUCACCCGUCCUGCAACAAACCUCUCUCUGAGGAGCUGGAGAGUAAAAGCCCAGGCAUGGAGUCCGAUCCAGGUAUCGGUUCGGAGGAGGUUCAGCCGUUCAGCAUGAGCCUGGAAGCAGAGAUGAUGUUGGAGCAGCUGAAGGAGCAGCACCUGCAGGAGAUGGAGGAGCUGCGAAAUCAGCUCGAAAGCAAGAUCGCCGAAUUUGACAAGAUGGUGGAAAAGCAGAGGGCGACCCACGAGGACCAGAAGGCUGCUUUAGCCCUCCAGUACCAGCAGGAGGUCCAGGCUUUGAGGGAGGAGGUGGUCAGCGUUCAGAACCAGGCGCAGGAGCUCCAGAGCCAGCUCGAGCAGGCGGAGCUGGAGCGGACCGGCCUGGAGCAGACGCAGGCCGAGGAGAGGGAAGAGCUGGAGAAUCUGCAGGAGGAGGAAGUGGGAGCGCUCAGGCAACAGCUGCUGGAGGCCCACAUCUACACCGCCGACCUGGAGGAGCAGCUGAAGGCCCUCGAGGCCCAGCAGGCCGAGAGGGACGAAAACCUCGCCAGUGCGACGGAGGAACUGAAGAAACAACACGCCAUUGAGAUCGAGAAACUGGAAGAGGGGCGCGUAAAAGCUUUUGAAGCCAAACUGGAAGAGGAGAGGAAGAAACUGCAGGAAGAAAAGGCCGAGGUGGAGAGGAGAUUGAUGGACGACGGUGAGAGAGAGAGGGAACGGCUGCAACAGAGCCACGAGGAUGAGCUGAAGGCCAGGCUGGACGAAGCGAAGGCGAGGUUUGAGGAGGAGCGUGACGAGGUCGUACAGAGGCUGACGGAGCAGUGGCAGAAAGAGAGGGCUCAGCUGGACGAGCACAACAAUGAGUCUCUGCAGGUGCUGCUGGAGGAGGAGAUGUUGAGACUUGUCAGGGAACAGGAAGAGAAGGAGAGCAAGCUGAGGGAGCGGUGGGAGAGCGAACGAGCCCGGCUUCAGGAGCGCCACGAGGAGGCCGUGCUGGAGAGGGUGCUGCAGGAAAGGUCGCAGCUGCAGGAGCAGUUCGAGGAGAGGGAGAAGAGGCUGAGGGCGGAGUGGGAGAAGGAGAGACUGCAGCUCGAGGAGGACUACGAGGGGAUGCUUCAGGAGAGGCUGAGCGAGGAGAGGGAGAAGUUUGAGGCGGAGAGAGAGGAGGAGGAGGAGAAGAGGCUGGAGUCGGUGCUGGCAGAGGAGAGGGCUCGGCUGGAGCAGAGCCACCGCGAGGCGAUGAAGCUGCUGACCGCCAAACACACCGAGGAGAGGGACGCUCUCAGCAGCAUGCUGGACAAACUGCGAGACGACAUCACGCAGGAGAGGAGCGACAUCGAGAUCAGCUUCUCCCAGAGAAUCAGGGAAGUGGAAGAUCGUUUCGCGGGCGAUCAGGACUCUGCCGCGAGGCGUUUUCAGGCCGACGUUCUGAAACUUGAACAGCACUACCAAAGUGAGCUGAAGGCCCUUUCUGAGAGCCACGUCGAGCAGAAGCUCCUCUGGGAGGCUCAGCUGCAGGAGGCCAUCGAGAACGCUGAGGAAGAAAGAAGAAGGAUGGAGGAGAGUGUGGAGCAGGAAAGACAGAGUCUGGAUCAGCAGUGGAAGACGGAACAGCACGAGUUAGAACGACUUCACAAAGAGGAGGUGGAAGAACUUGCGAGGAAAAACCAGCAACUGCAAAAUGAGUUGGAUGAGUUUAUCAGCAGGGCUCAGACCAAAGAGAUCGAGCUGAGCAGGCAGCUGAACGACCUCCACAGCCGGCUUCAGGAGAGCCUGGAAACCAAAGAUGAGCUUCUCGCUCAGUCCGAGAAGAAGGCGCUCGAGGUGGAGCUCCUGCUGAAUCAAACUGUGGAGGAUUUCAAACAGGAGAGGGAAGAGCUUCUGAGCAGCCAGUCGGAGCUCGAGGCGAAAAACAAUGAGCUGCUGUCCAUGUCCGAGAGGCAGGUCAGCGAGAGGAUCGAGCUGCUGACGGAGCGCGAUGACCUGAAGAUGAAGAUCGAGGAGCUGGAGACGCUGCUGAAACAGGCGGCGGUGGACUUUGAGCUGGAGAGGAAGGAGCUCCAGGAACAUGUAACCAUUCUUGAGGAGAAGCUGAAAGAUAAUCCGGAGAAUGAGAGAAACAAGUUUAUAGAGGAGAGAGACGUGCUGAAAAUCAGAAUUAAAGAGCUGGAGAUGGAAUUGAGUCGGGUUUCGUCACCUGCAGUAAAGUCAAAGCAGGAGUCGUGUUUCGUGCCGCCUGAAAUCUGUCUCAAUGAUGAUGCUAUCCUCGGACAAGAUGUCGAUGUAGAGAUUAUAACAGAGGAAGUAAAGAUGGAGCCAAACGAAAGCGACGAACAUGAUGCACAAAAAUCUGUGAGUGAGAGUGAUGAGGCGUGGCCCGAGAGCGCCCAGGAAGCCGAGGGAGACCCACAUGCCAGCUGUUGUUCCACAGACAUUAGACGCGGUGACCCAGAUGAAAAUAAUUCAAAUGCUGUAUCCAAAAUCCAAACUGUUUCCCCAGAGGUGCCAUGUGAUGCCGCCUCAUCCCUCGAGGCACUUGAAGGUGAAGACGCCGUUGAAGUCGGUGAGAAAAAAGCAGCUCUGGGAUCAUGUGAGGAGGGAGACAAACCUCAAGAUGCCCCGGGUGCGGACGACCAAAGCUGUUGCCGUGAAGAUGAGCCGUGUCAUGGGACUGUGGUCGAUCCCUCGGUGCUGCAGGAGAUGGGUGACCCCAGUGAGCUGUCUCCAGUGGGUGCUGAGGUUACUUGUUUAGCAGAGAAUUCCCACGACCGCGAACAAGAGGAUGAACUUGUGUCCGACUCAGACUGCGAACGUUUAACCGCUGAAAUAAAGGACGAUUAUCUGGAAACUCCGGAGGAUGAAGAGGCCGACUGGGAGGAGAGGGAAUAUUCUCUCCUGAAGCUGCAGGCAUUGUAUAACACCGCGACGGAGGAGAACGUCCUCCUGCACGAGAAGAUCUCCCUGCUUCAACAGAAGACGGAAAUACUGGAGAAUCUCCUGGCUCACAACAGUGAAAAGCUCAAAACUGGCCAUCUGAUAUUAGAGGAGAAUUACAGCCUCAAAGUCAACAUGCUUCUGCUGAUGGAGCACGUCAAAGAGCUGCAGGCGAAGGCCUUAAAGUCGACGGAGCUCCAGAUCAGAUAUGAGGACUGCAUGUGCGAGAACGCCAAACUGAAAGACCAAAACGGCGAACUUGAAAAGAGAGUUUGGAGCCUCGAGGGCAAGAUGAACUUCUUCCUCGAUUUCCAAGAUCAUUCCAAGGUUUCGCUGGCGGACGACAUCAGCAGGAUGAGAGGGGAGAACAGGAAGCUCUCGGAGUUGUUCAGCGAGCUGGAGAGGCAGCAGAGCCCCGCAGAGGAGACUCUCCUGGAUCUGACCGGCCCGCUGGAGGUUAAAGUUCAAGCGGCGACCGAUCUGGAGGAGCGCUGUGAGGAGUUUGAGAAGGGGAACACCAGCCUCCGCCGAGCCAUCACAGAGCUGCAGGACAAGUCGCAGACACUAAACGAAGCGACGCAGGCUCAUAGAUCUGAGGCCAGUCGUCUCGCUGAAGAAAACGUCGUCCUCAGGCAGAAGCUUGCUGUGUUGAAGGAGGAGGACUUGAAAGAGACCCGGGAAGAGUUGAUGAAAAAAUUGGAGCACUUGAAGAAGGGGAAUAUCGCGGCUCAGAAGGCAGCGGAGAAUUUCAAGAAACAGAUUUCAGAGCUGCUCGUGCAGAGCCGGCAGCUGGAAGACGAGAACGGGAUGCUGUCGGAGAAAGACGCCCGAAACAUCGCUGUGAUGGAGGAUCUGCGACAGCAGCUGGCAGAGCUGAUAAAGCAGAACGACAAGAGGGAGACCGUCCUCGCUGAGGAGAAGAACGAGCUGGCAGCUUGUGUCUCUGCUCUGGAGGCAGAGCUGACCAAAGCUCUGGAGGACACGGCACAGCUGGAGGACAGGAACACCCAGCUGUCACAGCAGCUCUCUGGCCUCAGAGAGAAGGCUGCCGGCUUCGACUCCAUGGAGAGUCAGCUCAGCCACGUGAUGGAGGAGCGGAAGUGUGCGGAUAUGGAAUCUCUGGGCCUCCGCAACCAGCUAGACGAAGCUGAAGACAGGGUGAAGACGGUGGAAGAAACUCUCCAGGCUGUGAACCAACAAAGCGUCCGUCUCAAGUCGGACCUCCGCGUCCUGCAGCAGGAGAGGGACUCCCUCAAACAUGACGUCGCAGUGCUACACAAACAGCUGCAGAAUGUCAACGACAGGAACCAUGUUCUGGAGAGGGCCCUGCACUCGAGUGGCCUCCAGAGUAAGACCAAGAAGCGUUACAGAGACGAGAUGUCUCGGCUGAUGGAGCAGGAUCACCAGCUGCUGAGGCAGGAGAACGAGCGGCUGCAGGCGGAGGUGCGCAACGUCAAAGACGACCUCGUGCAGUCCAGAGAAAAGGUCCGUCAGCUGGAUGCGACCGUUCUGUCCCUGAAGCAGCACAAACAGCAGAGUCAGGCCUCCCUGGUGAAGGCCUUGGAGCAGGAGAACGCCUCCCUGAAGCAGGAGCUCGAGGCAAAGAAAGAUCUCACCAGGGGCCGUGAAGCGGGACAAGGACAGUCGGAGGUGGAGAAACUCCAGCAAGAAAAUGAGGCACUCAAAACCCAAAUGGCUCGAUUGUCCACACAGCUGCUAGAUUCAUUUCAGGCUCAGCUGGUCGAACUUCUGCCUCCGUCGCCUCACAGGAUGCCCCGGGGACAACAUCGUGGCGACGAUCCGGGCAACAUGCAGGACGACAGGGAGAGGAAGAUGAAGAAUAUGGAGGAGCGCAUGAGGGAAAUUGAGCUGUCGCUGCAUAACGUCAAACUGCUGCUGAGAGAGAAAGUUGCUCAGCUGAAAGAACAGCUGCACAAGAACGGCAAGGCCGACGUGCUGAUCAAAGAUCUGUACGUGGAGAACGCCCAGCUGCUGAAAGCUCUGGAGAUCACCGAGCAGCGGCAGAAAAUCACAGAGAAGAAGAAUUACCUGCUGGAGGAGAAGAUCUCCAGCCUGAACAAGAUUGUGCGUGACCUGAACCCCUCGCCGCUCUCCUCGCUGCCCUACCACUAUUAACGUGCCGGAUGCAAGUGACCAAACUAAUUUUACUUUGAACAGCACCAAAUGCACAAGAAAAAGGCCUUUAAACCUGUAAAGCCUAAUUUCACUGUGUUGAAUAUGAAGUAUUUUUAUUUUAUUGUAUUUCAUAUGAAGUAAGAAUGAGCUUUUGUCACAUUGGACCUAAUGAAGAAACCAAAUGUGAGGUUAAACUGUAAAGAACACCUUUUAUUUUACAGUAAUUUAUCAUUUUAAACAAGUAAUUAACUAAAUAUUUUUUACCAGGACACUAUAUCUUCUAAAAGAAAGAAGCGAUACUGAAGUGCACUAUUUAUAUAAGCGUCCUCUUGUCUGUGUUGUCAAAGAGAUAAAUUGUGCCGAUCCGUCUCUGCUCUCCUGCUUUAGACUUUAUGUAAAGAAACAACACACCUGUCUGUUGUUAUACCAUGUGAGCGGAGAGCGCAAAUAGUCUGGUGACCUUUUCCAGAUGUUUGCUCUCAUCAAACACGACCUGGAGUCACAAUCGAGAGGCAAUACUCGCUAUUUAAGAUGCACCGGAUUAAAAAAAACGGCUACUGAAUGUUGCAAUAUGUAAAGUUUUUAUGUGUAAAGCUCAUUAUGCCAAUAUGAAUGUGUAAAUGCUGCCACGUAAAAAGCACUAAAGUUGUAAAACAGGGUAAUGUUUUGUUUUAACAUGUACAACAUAAAAUACAUGCAUCGUG